CAAUCAGACGCGGCCUCUCUCAGGCGUCAGUGGGGAGGGGGGAGGGGCUGAGGGUGUUCUUGGUCGUCGGCUCGUGAGUUGACCUUCAUUGCCUGAGCAAAGAUGUUCUCCCGCGUCUCGCUGCACGUCUUCCAGCCGCAAUGUGGCCAAGUCAGGAGCAUGGCUACCCUGAAGGACAUCUCCCUUCGCCUGAAGUCCAUCAAGAACAUACAGAAGAUCACCAAGUCCAUGAAGAUGGUGUCUGCCGCAAAGUAUGCUCGUGCAGAGCGGGAACUUAAGCCGGCACGUGCGUACGGCCAGGGUGCACUUGCCCUGUACGAGAAGGCGGAUAUCAAAGCGCCGGAGGAGAAACCCAAACACGUGAUCGUGGCCAUGUCGUCGGACCGUGGCCUCUGUGGGGCCAUCCACUCCAACAUCUCCAAGGCCAUCAAGCUCCAGAUCGGUGACCUCACCUCCAAGGGCAAAGACGUCAUGGUGGUGUCGAUUGGCGACAAAGUGCGCGGCAUCCUGCAGAGGACCCACGGCAAGCACCUGUACAUGACUUUCCGCGAGGUGGGAAAGAAGCCGCCCUCUUUCGCCGACGCCAGCUUCAUCGCCAAGGAGCUGCUCGACUGCGGCUUCGAGUUCGACCAGGGGACCCUGUUCUUCAACCGCUUCCGGUCAGUGGUGUCGUACAAGACCGAGAAUAAGCCCAUCUAUUCUCUGGAGACCAUUUCCAACUCUGAGAGCAUGACCAUCUACGAUGACAUCGACGCGGACGUGUUGCGCAACUACCAGGAGUUUGCGCUCGUAAACCUCGUCUACUACACCAUGAAGGAGUCGGCCUGCAGCGAGCAGAGCUCCCGCAUGUCCGCCAUGGACAGCGCCAGCAACAACGCCUCGGAGAUGAUCGACAAGCUGACUCUGACGUUCAACCGCACGCGCCAGGCUGUCAUCACCAAGGAGCUCAUCGAGAUCAUCUCUGGCGCUGCCGCCCUAUAACACUUCUCCCCCCGCCGGAUGGCGCCUGGAGAAGUUGGAAUCGCUGCAUCCUGGGUGUCGUGCAGAGCCUGCGGAGGAACCAUCGUGUUGUUGUUGUUGUUGACUUAAUUUUGCACACACCCACAACAACAACCACCACCGUAUUGAUUGUUGACUUACGUGGCCAACACCCAUGCAAUAGCGGUGUGUGUCCUGAUAAUAAACACAUUGGCAGCACUAGAGCGUGUCGUUGGGUCAAACGUGUGGUUCUGUACUGCAACAAAUAAAAAACUAUUGCCCUCAUGAAAUGUU